AAGAUGCAUUUAGCAGAAAAUUUUACUCCAAAACCAUGGAUUUAUGAAGAAUGAACGCAGGAGAGCAGUCGCUAGACGCAGGAAAUGACAAAGAUGUGGAGUACUACUACAGACCAGGUGGAAGACGAAAUGAUGGCUUGAAAGCGGCAGAUAUUGUCCCGAUCCUCCGCGAGAGAUUGGCCUAUCUCUCAGGGGGCAGGGACAAGAAGGGUGGGCCCAUUCUGACAUUUCCUGCCCACACCCACCCGGAGAGGUUUAAGUAUGACGAUCUCCGACGUCUUAUGACUUACCUGGCCAGUGUACCGAGUGAUGAAGUGCGAGACCGAGGCUUUUCUGUGAUACUGGACAUGAGGGGAUCAACAUGGCAGACCGUGAAGCCAAUUCUCAAAGCAUUACAAGAAUGUUUCCCUGGCAACAUUCACGUGGCUUACAUAAUCAAACCGGAGAAGUUCUGGGAGAAGAAGAGGACCAGUGUUGGAAGCGCCAAGUAUAAUUUUGAAACAUGUAUGAUCUCGGUUGACAGUUUGACGAAGGCGGUGGAGCCGACUCAGUUAACGCGAGAGUUUGACGGGACUCUGGAGUACGACCAUGAACAGUGGAUACAGCUCAGACUGAUGCUGGAAGAGUUCAUAUGGAAGGCGUUAGAUCUCCUCGACAAACUGGAUGAGCUGGGCGAGAUCCUAACGAACCCCGAACUGCCCGACGAUCUGAAUGGUGCCCAGCUCGUGUUGGAGGAACAUAGUCACCUGAAGAAACGUGUCACCUUGGCGCCUGUCGAGAGUCUGGCUGCAGAGGGUCACCACAUCUUGAAGCGCAUCACCGGAGAACAGGACGGACAGUCUAGUUCUGGCCGGUACGUGAUAUCGGGAAAUGCCGACUUCCAGAGUGCAGUACCACAGAUUUCUCAGCUGCUGGAUAACCUGCACUCAACGAAACAGCACCUCAACCAGCUGUGGUCUGUGAAGAAGAUGAGACUCGAACAGUGUCUGCAGCUCCGCAUAUUUGAGGAAGAUGUCGAAAAAAUGUUCGAUUGGAUUAGUCACAAUCGAGAUUUGUUUCUAGUCAACUACACGGAGGUGGGAACAACUCAUCAGUUCGCCGUGGAACUGGAAAACGAACACAGCCAGUUCGCUACAAGUGCUGUCAAUGUAUAUGUAAAUAUUACCCGUAUUCUGGGCAUGGCCCAGCGACUGUGUGACGCUGGCCACUACGCGUCGAACACAAUCCGAAUUCAGGCCGGAAAGCUUGAGCGUGAGUGGAAGAGUCUGGCUGCCGCUCUAGACGAUCGCAGCACCGUGCUACGCAUGUCCGUCAUGUUCCACAAAAAGGCUGAACAGUAUUUGGCCCAGGUGUUAGCGUGGCAGAACGUGUGCGAGAACACAAAGAUUCCGUCUCAGAUAGACGAGUUGGAGGAGGCUCUUCAACAACACCAGAACCUUAUCGAGGCCAUCAGCCAAUCGUACGCUGAGGUGUGUGGUGAUGGCAAGUCGUUGCUGGACACGCUCCAGACGCCGGUGUCAUCAGGGAGCAGUAACUCGCUGACGGCGAAGGCCGACUACUCGGAGGCCGCGGGUCACGUGCUGGACGUGGUGCACGAGGUCCUGGCUCACCAGCGCCACCUGGAACAGAUCUGGCAUGCCAAGAAAGUCAAACUGCACCAGCGACUCGGACUGCGCCUCUUCCAGCAGGAUGUCAAACAGGUGAUUGACUGGCUGGAUAGCCACGGUGACGUAUUCCUCCUAAAGAACAUCUCUAUUGGCAAGACACUGCAGAGAGCAAAAGCCUUGCACAAGAGUCACGAACAUUUUGAGUCAGUCGCACAGAAUACGAUAACGAAUGCAGAGAAACUGCUGGCGGCGGCUGAUGAGCUGGCGCAGACGGGGGAGUGUGACCCGAAGGAAAUCUAUAACGAGGCUCACGACCUCGAGCAGAGGAUGCACAACUUCCUGGCUGCACUCGAACGACGGAGAGCGGUUCUCGACAUGACUGUGUCGUUCUACUCCCACGUUCACGAGCUGACGUCGUGGCUGGAGGAGUUGCAGCAAGAACUACAGAGUUCCGAGAUUGCCGACAGUGUCGAAGGUGCAGAGCAGUUGUUGACCCAGUUCAACCAGCAAAGGGAGACAACCAUUGAAGCCGCCUACAACACUGUCGGAGAGGGUGGGACCCUUCUUGAACAGUUACGGGACAUGGCGAUCGAAGACGACAGGAACCAACUGUCCGACUGCAACCACAUCGAGGGUGUUCUGCACCAGUUGAAUGAGAGUCGUAGUCAGCUGGAGGAUCUGUGGGCGGCGAGGAAACUCAAACUAGAUCUGUGUUUACAGCUGCGCAUCUUUGAACGUGAUGCUCUCGAGGUUUCCUCCCAGCUGGAGCUGUGGGCGGAGGAGCUGCAGCACAUGGAGAUGGUGACGGAUGGGGCGAAGGCGGAGCAGUUGUUACAGAUGCACAACGACAGUGUGCUGCACAUGCAGAACUGCACGUUCGAGGUGCUGCAGCGUGGACAGGAACUCUGCCAGUUGACGGAGAGUUCCGGUGUGAAGUUGAUGUCAGAUUCCCAGUACGACGCCCAGACGAGGAUCCAGGUUUUGUUAGAGUAUCUCCAUGAGCGACAGAUCGACCUUGAGAACUUCGCUGAGCAGAAACGCAUCCGACUGGAACAGUGUGUACAGCUACGUAACUUUGAGAUAGAGGCUAGACAGGUUAUUUGUUGGGUGCGUAAUGGCGAGUCCAUGUUGACUGCUAGCUUCAUGUGUCCCAAUUCCCUGAUGGAGGCUGAACAGUUGAAGAAAGAACACGAACAGUUUAUGAUGGCCAUAGAGAAAACCCACAUCAGUGUUGUGCAGGUGACCCACAAGGCAGAGGCCAUGAUUCAAGGUCAGCAUUAUAAUUCCGAACUAGUCCGAGCGAUCGCUGAGAAUGUCACGUUGGCGUGGCAACAGCUGAUGUACCAUGCCGAAGAACGACACAAGCUAGUCAUGGCAUCAAUGAAUUGGUACAAGACUGCAGAACAGGUGUGGUCGGUAUUGGAGUCGCUGGACCGUGACUACAAGAGGGACGAAGAUUGGUGUAACUCGGAGAAGACUCACAUCGCUGAUAAAGUGGCGUACCUCAGUCAGCUCAUUAACAAGCAUAAUGAACAGAAGGAGGCGUUCUUAAAAGCUUGCACGCUGGCUAGGAGGACGGCGGAAACAUUCCUCAAAUACGUGAAUCGCAAUCUGCACUUUCUAGGAAUGCAGAUGAAGUUCAGGAGUCCCGAGGGCCAUGUUAAAGCGACCCUGGAUCAGCUUCUCCAGCAGGAGAAUGUUGUCAUCGAGUACUGGACAGUGAAGAAACGCAAGCUGGAGCAGUGUCAGCAGUUUGUACUCUUUGAACAGAGCGCCAGACAGGCUCUAGAGUGGAUUCGUGAUUAUGGAGAGGCAUACCUCGCGUCACACACAAACGUCGGGAGCAACAAACCCGAGACUGAGCAGCUGCUGAAGGAACACUAUGAGUUCCGAAACAAAGCGAAGGAAACUAAAGAAAAUGUCAAACUUCUGCUGCAAUUGGCUGAUGGUUUUGUUGCCAAGGGCAACAUCCAUGCAUCGAACAUCAUGCAGUGGUGUUCAGCGGUUGACAAGAGAUACAAGGACUUCUCAUCACGGAUGGAAAAAUAUCGCCAGCAGCUUGAAGGAAAACUCGGCAUAACCAAGAAUGAAGUGCAAACAGAGAAAGAAGAACAGAGACAGAGUGAUUCGUCUAUCGAGGAAAAACUACAUCACACGCCAAAGGAGCUCACAGAACAAAGGAGGAAAUCGGCGCGCAGAAGAGAGUUUGUUAUGGCUGAACUACUUCAGACUGAACGGACGUAUGUCAAAGAUCUCGAAACCUGUCUCAAGUGUUAUCUUUACGCUAUGGAUGUUCCUGGAAACAACCCGCCACCAGGAAUUGUGGGUAAAGGAAGAAUCAUCUUUGGAAAUUUGGAGGAAAUUUACAAGUUUCACAGAGAUAUUUUCCUGAAAGAAUUGGAAAAGUACGAAACUAUGCCAGAGGAUGUUGGUCAUUGUUUCGUCACUUGGGCCGAGAAGUUCUCCACGUAUGUGACAUACUGCAAGAACAAACCCGACUCCAAUGCCCUGCUAGUGGACCAAGCUAAGACUUUCUUUGAGGAGAUGCAAGCAAAGUACAAGCUGAAUGAGCCGGUGGCAUCGUACCUGAUCAAGCCCGUCCAGCGAGUGACCAAAUACCAGCUUCUGCUGAAAGACCUGCACGCUUGCUGCGAGGGCCACACCGGAGAACUCAAGGAUGGCCUUGAUGUGAUGCUGAGUGUCCCAAAGAAGGCUAAUGACGCCCUGCACCUGUCUAUGUUGGAGGGUCUGGAGGAUAAUGUCGAGGCUCUGAGCGAGGUUCUGCUACAGGACACGUUCACCGUGUGGGACCCCAAGCUGCUCAUCAAGAAGGGCCGCGAGCGACACCUCUUCCUCUUCGAGAUGUGUCUCGUCUUCUCCAAAGAGGUCAAGGACAGCAACGGCAAGGUCAAGUACAUGUACAAGUUCAAACUCAUGAUCUCAGAAAUCAACAUCACGGAGCACAUAGAGGGUGAUGAGACAAAGUUUGCCCUGUGGACCGGACGUGCUCCCAUCUCAGACUACCGCAUCAUACUGAAGGCAUCGUCCCUCGAUACCAAACAAAACUGGGUGAAGAAAAUGCGCGAACUGAUACAGGAGAGAAUGUCAUACAUGCAUAAUAUCCUGAAAGAUCAGCAACCGACCAUGUUCAAACCACCUCCCAAACUGUUCAACUCGAGUAGAGCCAGUCGUGAUAUGGAGAGUGACACCGCGUCUCUUGAAGACAUAGGCAUGGAGCGGCGCGGCUCGUUGACGUCUAUCAACACAACGGCCUCCACUGGGACCACCGACAGCAGCAGCAGCGGAGGAGGCGGGCAGAAGGGUCCAUCUGACGUGACUGUGGUGAUCGAGGACGUGACAUCGUCGACAGGCGGCGAGUUGAGGGUCACGAAGGGUCAACAGGUGGAGGUUCUGGACGCUGCGCCGGGCCACUCGGAAGUGUGUCUGAUUCGCACGGUGCCGAGCGAUGGGUCGGAACCACAGCAGGGUCUAGUGCCAAUGUCCGCACUCAAACCCAUCCCAAUCCUGAGGGUCCCCGGCGCCAGGAACAGUCUGGAACUAGAUGAAGCGGAGAAUGUUUCCAGUGGUCCCUUAUCCUCGUCUCCAGUGACAAAGAGACGGAGUAGUUUCAGGAAGUGGUUGACAAAUCCAGUCCGUAAGCUGAGUCACGGCAAGAUAGAUAAACAGGGCGUUUCGUCACCAGAGGGCCAGCCAUCCAAGGGAGAUAAGAAGGCGAUAGUCAACCCUCUAGGAUCGGGCAAGGACCAGGCAGAACAGGCCCAAAAUGUCGAUUCUGCAGGCUCUCCUCCGGUUGCCAUGGCAACUCAGAAGGGUCCCCUGGAAGCAACCAGUGAGGAGCCGGAGCCGGCCCAAGACAUAGAGAUACCUCCCCCGAUGGAGAUCCAGGACCAUUCCUUCAAGACGAGCCAGGAGUCGCCGCCCGAAGAAGUCUCCGCCAAAUUUGCUUCGACCCUGUCUCUGAAGGCUCAGCCAGAAGCAACAAGUGCCAUGGAUUUGGCAAAUGAGCUUGAGAAUCUCGUAAAACAGAGAAUGGAGCCAUCAGGGGACCUUCCAGCACGGUCUGAUAGUGGUGGUGAGGAGGACGAAGAACGUUCAGAACAAGAUGCAGAAGCCGACAAAGAAAAAUACAUCAAGAAACGACAAUACGUGUUGCAGGAACUGGUUGACACUGAGAGAGACUAUGUCAAGGAUUUAGGCUGUGUUGUUGAGGGCUACAUGAUCUUGUUAAAAGAGAUGGAUUUACCAGAAGACAUGGAGGGCAAGGACAAGAUAGUGUUCGGAAAUAUUCACCAGAUAUACGACUGGCACAAAGAAACCUUUGAAGCUGAGAUUGAAACGGUUGUAGAUGAACCAGAAAGACUCGGUGGAAUCUUUGUCCGAUACGAACGAAGACUGUAUAUGUAUGUAAAAUAUUGUGAAAAUAAACCAAAGUCGGAAUACAUUGUAGCAGAGUAUCAGGAUACAAUUUUUGAGGAAAUUCGUCAGAAGCUGGGUCAUAAGUUAACUCUGCCAGAUUUGCUCAUUAAACCAGUGCAAAGAAUCAUGAAGUAUCAGCUUAUACUGAAGGAUAUCUUGAAGUACACAGAUCGGGCGGGUCUGGACACGACGGACCUGAAGAAGGCUCUACGUGUGAUGUGUGUCGUGCCGAAGGCAGCCAAUGACAUGAUGCAGGUCGGCCGGCUCCAGGGAUUCAACGGCAAAAUAACUGCUCAAGGGAAGCUACUCUUACAAGACACUGUCCUUGUGGCUGAAGUGACGGCGGGAUGCCCGCAGAAGUUCAAAGAACGGCGGGUGUUUCUCUUCGAACAGAUCAUUAUCUUCAGCGAAAUGACGGAGAAGAAGAAAGGAGAUUUCUCCAAUGCAAAUUAUGUUUUCAAAAACAGUGUCAAGGUGAACAAGAUGUCGAUGGUGGAGACAGUGAGUGAGGACCCACUGAAGUUCAUUCUCAUCGACCGCACGCCCGGCUCCGACAUGAAGUUCCACAUCCUGGCACCGUCAGAAGAAGUCAAACAGACUUGGAUCCGCGAGAUCAAGUCCAUUCUCGAUAUGCAGGGAAAUUUUCUUAGAGCCCUCCAGUCACCAAUAGCAUAUCAGAAGGAGCUCACCAAAGAAUUGUCUGCUCCGGAAUUUGGAAGCUUACCUAGAGAGUCACAGCUGCGAAAGACACAGUCACAUCCAAUCGCAAAAGGAGGCAAUUCCGUUGAAAAGGGAAAAUCAAAACACCGACACGAUGCCAAAAAACACGAACGUUGCAAAUCGGUUCCAGCCCCAGUGCAGGAAAGUCUCGCCGAGAGGGCGGAAGACUCGGACAAAGGUCAAUGCCCUAAUUCGCCGUUGGAGCCAUCGAAAGAGUUUCCCAAUUCGGAGAAGCAGAAACUUGGUGAUAGUGCGAAAAAAUCAAAUUCCUCUGGUGGUGAAGGAACCGGGGUCAGUGUCGGCUCCGGUUCGCCCAAGCCAAAAAAGACGAUAUUCGAAGGCUUCCGCAACACUUUGAGGAAAUCAAAAAAUGAAAGCCCGAACGCAGGGGGGGCGGCGGCGUCGGGGUCGAAAAGCCCCGAGAGUUAUGCAAACGCAUACGUGAUGCCCGACGUCGUGCAAGACAGUAGUUUAAGAACUAGUUCGGCUUCUGGAGUUGCCACCCCUGAAGGCUCCGGGUCGGUAGAACAGCACCCGGUCGAAGGCGGUAUAACUCAGGGGAGGAUACUCUGUGACUACAUUGCGGUCAAGGAGGACGAGAUCUCGGUGUUCCGCUCGGAGGUUGUCCAGAUCCUGGCCACGAACCCUCACAACAUGUUCUUCGUCCACCGGCCAGCCAACAACAACUCACCCGCGGCCGAGGGAUGGAUUCCCGGACACAUCCUCGGACCCAAGGACAUGGACGGAAGCCUCAAGAAGCACUCCUGGCAAAUGUUUAAGCUGAAGAAGCCGAGUUUUCGUCCAGAGAAAAGCAUUGAUGGGACGAGUAGUUUGGAACGCAAAAGCAAAUCACUGGGCCGUGACGGGAAACCUCGUGUUAGGGUGAUGAGUCCUGACUUUGCGUAUGAGGUUCCCCCGAUUGUCCAGCAGCCCCUGACGAGCGUCACGGUUGAGGCGGGCGAGACAGCGGUCCUCACGUGUAAGAUCUGCGGUCGACCGCGACCCAACGUGACAUGGAGGUUCGAUGAUGUGACCACCAUCGUGCCAAGUCCGCGCGUUAUGCUGCUCUAUAAUGAGGAGGGCAUUGCCACUCUACAGAUUUCCCACGUGACGGUGUCGGACAGUGGAGACUAUUCUUGUUUUGCAUCCAGCGACUUGGGAUCCGUCGUCACUCGAGCCAUGCUCACAGUUCUAGAUCGGCCCGGCCCACCGACUCAACCAGUGGUGCGGAACCAGGUGGGUACUGCUGUACACCUGGAGUGGGGACCACCGGCCCAGUCGCGGUGCGGACAGAUACAGGGAUACACCGUCGAGUUCAGAGAAGCAGGCUGCGAAAUGUGGCAGCUUGCCAUUCCAUAUGUUCCGAAUACCUCACAAGUUAUAGGUGACCUUGAACCUGGGGUCACGUACCAGUUCCGCGUGAGUGCCAACAAUGCGGUUGGAAUCAGUGAACCAAGCAUACCGUCAGUCUACGUAGCAAUACCGACAGAACACGAGUUAAGUGAGCAUGAGGAGUCUACUGGUGCGAUAUGGAAGGCUACGUACGACAACGACUUCACGGACGGAGGGGAGAUCGGAAGGGGUCGGUUUGCUGUGGUUCGUAAGUGCACCCAGAAGUGUUCGGGCCAGGAGCUGGCUGCGAAGAUAAUCUCGCGUAAGCUGGUUCGUAAGGAAGCCGUGGAGACAGAGUUCAACACACUACAGAGUCUACAACACGCUCACCUCAUACAGGUGUACGACCUGUAUGAGAGCAGUGCCAACCUCAUCAUCAUUACUCACCUAUGUCCCCGUGGGCGGUUGUUUGAAUACAUCUGUGGGAAGCACCACUUCGACGAAGUGCAGGCCGCUGAGUUCUUGAAACAGUUGUUAGAUGUGAUCCAGUAUCUACACAACUGUAGAAUAGCUCAUCUUGACAUCAAGCCUGAAAAUCUACUAGUGGAGAUAGGUGCGGUGUCAACCAAUCUCAAACUGAUUGACUUCGGUGAUGCGCGUCACAUCUACAACAACUACUACAUCCACCCGAUGGUGGGCAACCCCGAGUUCCUGGCGCCCGAGAUUGUCAGUGGUUUACCGUGCGGCCUACUCACAGAUAUAUGGAGUGUUGGAGUUAUCCUGUAUGUCCUACUCAGUGGGGUGUCCCCGUUCUUGGAUGAAAGCCAGGAGGAGACGUGCUCAAACAUCGUUCGUAAUGAUUUCUGCUUCCCGGACGAAUAUUUUGCAGGGAUUUCUGUCGAGGCUAAAGAUCUCAUCCGCUUGAUGUUGGUCGAAGAACUCAGCAAACGUCCGACAGCCCAGUUGUGUGAAGAGAGUGUCUGGAUACGGAAAGCCAGCAUCCCGCGGAACUCCCCCCUCAAACCGAAACCAAUAGCAACGGCUAGACUGGUGGAUUUUAUAGAGAGAAGAAAACAUCAGUGUGAUGUCAUAACUAUGAAAUGAAGUUGAACAAGUUUGUAAAGAUAUUUGUCAUUCAGAACAGAAUUCUGUUAUACUGUGUUCAGCAAAUUAUCCCUACAUUAAUUGGACAAGUGUGACUGUAUUUGUUUACAACUCAACCUAGCUGUGACUGGUUCACAAACAUUGUCUCAAUAGAAUAUCCUGCUAUGAUUGGACAAUACUUCACUCUAAAAGUCACGCUAGCUAUAAUUGGUUAAAAUAGUCUCAACAGGAUAUACUUGCUCUGAUUGGACAGUGGAUUGCUCUAGAAUAAAUAUUAGUUGUGAUUGGUUCAUACAAAAAAAAGAAUCCUGCUCUGAUUGGACAGUGCUAGAUUCUAGUAGAACAAAUGCUAGUUAUGAUUGGUACACAAAAAUAGUCUCAACAAGAUACCCCUGCUCUGAUUGGACAAUGGUCCAUUCCAGAACACAAGCUAGUUGUGAUUGGUUCACAAAAAUAGUCUCAACAAAAUAUCCUGCUCUGAUUGGACAAUGCUUCAUUCUAGUAGAACAAACGCUAGUUAUGAUUGGUUCACAAAAAUAGUCUAACAAGAUACCCCUGCUCCAGAAUAUAAACUAGUUGUGAUUGAGUCAUGAAGAUCUACAUAGCACACAGUCUGAACCAAACAAUAAAUGUACAAACGAUAAAUAUAUCAGUUAAGAGUUUCUCAGGUUAUACAUGAAGGUAUCUUGCCAACACUGAGUUUCAUCUUUUUUCCUGAAGAAAGUUUAAAUGUCAGGAAUCAUCUCAUUGACUCAUAUAACUGUCUGUCUGUCUGUCUGUCUGCCUGUGUUGUUAUUUAUUCUGCUGAAGUGGCAAUCUGCUGUUGUUUAAGACAUGUUAGACUCAGUUCUAUACAUUUUAAUGGAGGGAGUUUUUAAGGGAGGUGCCUGAAAAUGGACCAAUGCAACUGAUGAUGUUAGAAUGUAGGUUAUAGAUUUCUGCCAACAUCCCCCCACCCCACCCAUGUGUGUUGUCAAUAAUCAAUAUAAUUAUAAUUCUGUGGGAUGGCUGCAGGGUGUGUCUGUCUCUGUGUGUGUGUGUGUGUGUCUCUCUCUCUCUCUCUCUCUCUAUCUCUCUGUCUCUCCUCUAUCUGUUUCUAUCUCUACAUCUGAUUAUCUCUCCCUCUUGUCAAUUUCACCUUGUCAGUAAAAAAACCCCAACCCAAAACCCCAGGUAUUAAUAAAUUGGUUUUAAAACCAGCAACAUCUGUUGAACUGACUGACGGACAACUUUCAAUUUGAACAUAACAAAUACAUGCAUAGGCACUGAAUCUAAUUAUAUUUGUGACACAAAAAUCAUAUGAGACACAUUAUCUUGAACUACAUAUAAUACAGGGUGUGUGUUAAAUACUUGUGAUCAUGUAAGUAAAUGAACAGUCAUUCUAUAUCUAACAAAACCUGUAAUCAUUUACCAUGUGAAAAUCAAAUAAGUGUUUUUAAAAUGUCUUUGUACGGUAGUAGGUACAUAUAGUGUAAUAAAAUUGUUAUUUAACCUUUGACGUAAUAGGUUACAUCAUAUCUUACUGCAUGUCUACUGUAUGUGCAUUUGUACAAAAAAAAUUUGAUCAAAUAGGCAUUUGUGUGAUAAAUGACAUGUUACAAUAAUUGUGUGAUAAAUGGAAUAUUAGACUUUGUAAUAAAUGGAGUUUUGCAUUGUGUAAUAAAUAGAGUAUUACACUUUAAAAAUGAAAUACUAUGUUGCAUAUAUACUGCUUUGUGUAAUAAAUGAAAUACUACACUGUAUUAAAUGAAAUAUUACACUGUUUAAUAAAUGAAAUACAGUAGUGUGUAAUAAAUUAAAUGUUACACAGUGUAAUAAAUGAAAUAUUACACUGUAAUAUACAUUUUCACUAUUAAUCAAUGGAAUAUUACAGUGUAGUUAACUGAGAAUAUUACACUGUUUAGUAAAUUCAGUAUUACAUUUGUAUAAAAACAAUGUAGAAUUGAUUAAGCUUGUCAAAUAUAUUUAAUGUGCCAUUUGCAAAAGAGUUAUGGCACAUGAAUGCAUUCAUCUCUUUAUAAGUCCUGUAUUAUUUUUAUUCGACCGUGUGUGUGCAUAACCUAGAGCCUAUGCAGUGACAUUGUUUUUAUAUUGCAUUUGUUAAUGAUCACAAUUUCCUUUAUACCAGCUAGUAAAACCUUAAAGCCUUGUGUGUAUAACUGUGCUGUAAAUAUUUUACAUAAUGUCUUUUAGAUUUGCCAUGAUGUUAAUUACCGUAAACCAUCAACCAUUUUUAUGACAUAAUCAAUUAUUUUGUAACCAAAUUUUUUAUUAAGCUUUGUUAUUUAUACUGAUUAUUUAUGCUUUAUGAAACUGUGUUUGUGAUUGCUUACUUGUUUUCUGUUUGUUUGUUUUUUACUGCUGAUGACUUUUCCUGUAAAUAUAUUUUAUUUCAUUUACAUGACAUAUGAUUUAUGCCCCAUGACAACAGACAAAAACACAGAAAUACAUUUUUGACAAUACAACUUUUAUAUAACAUGCAUUAACUAAUUACGGCAACAAAACUGAAUGUGUCCCACAUGGAGGUGACAAGCGAUUUUUGAAAGGAGUUUCUUUUACAAUAGAUAAUUUUAUAGCUAAUAAUGAAUUUGUUGAAAAGUGAAGAAUUACAUUCAAGAUCCGACUUAGCUCAUAGUGAUAUGCUUGUUCCCCAGAUACCUGUCAUAUUAAAGGGACAUACCCUAGUUUUUAAACACUAAGGCAUAGUUUUGACUAUUAGAGCUGUUUUUUGUUAACUGAAAUCAUACUUUACUUAGAUUUUAUUGUUUAGAUUAUCCAUUUCCGU